GUUGAGCAGAACAGUGAGCUUCAGUUUAUAGCGCUGACGACUGACAAUGAGAAAGUCUUUUACAUAUGCUCUCUUAGCUUUAUUCAACAAAGCUGUAUAUCAAGAUGUCUGCUGUGCGCGCUCUCCUUUUGCUGAUAUUUGGAUUUAACAUGCUGAAGUUUAGCUGCUGUUACAGUGAUGGAAGUUUAUUGAUCUUCCAGUGUCAAAAUAUGGAUAUAGAUCAUGGCACAGAACCGCAGGGACAAGAUUCAAAUCCUUUCACUGUCGAUCCAGAUAAUGUGAUCGUGGACAGUUCACAAGUGGGAAGGAGCAUUACAGUGACACUCUCGACUUCUUCUGGUUCAUUUAUGGGCUUUAUGCUGGAUGCUCGACAGUGUGAUAAAUGUCUACCUGCUGGUGUGUUUAGUGUGCUUGACCCGACGAAGAGUUUGCUCAUAUGUGGCGGCCAGGCUGUGGCUCAACCGGAUAACACAGAUAAAAAUUCAGUCCAAGUGAACUGGACGCCUCAAACAACUGGACAUUUUUUCUUCAGAUCUGUUUUCAUUAAAGAUUACGGUACAUUUUGGCUAAAGAAAGCAGUCAUACUCCCGACGACAACAACACCAACCACUACAACAACCACUACAACAAUUAGACCUGCAACCACUACAACAACUAGACCCACAACCACUACAACAACUAGACCCGCAACCACUACAACAACUAGACCCACAACCACUACAACAACUAGACCUACAACCACUACACCAACUGGGCCUACAACCACAACAGCAACUGUAACAAGCACGCCAUCACCACUGGCUCAGUGUGUGAAGUAUAUGAGAAGUUGUGUGGUACUGUUGUUAUUAAGCAGACUUUGUUUUCUUGGAGGCUCUUCUCUGCUCAUGAUCAUCAAACCAGUUUCAAAGAUGGUAAGUGUGUCCAACAACACACUAUGCGCAAUGACUAUUUCUAAACUAUUGUAUUUUCAUUAUAAGUAAUAAUCAGCAACCUUU